AUGUCCUAAUGACCCUAGGAGACAUGUUCUCCGGUGGUAAUGAGUCUUCAGUUACCACGCUGCGAUGGCUUUUUGCUCACCUUUUAAGAAACCCUGAUAUACAGGACAAGCUGCAUGCAGAGCUCGAUCGUGUUGUUGGUCGAGAUCCAAAAACAGCGCCAACAAUAAAGGACCGAGAGAAUCUACCUUACCUUGAAGCAAGCAUUCUUGAAACGAUGCGAAUGGCAUCUCCAGUCCCACUUGCAGUACCUCACAAAACCACGCGUGACACGACGGUGCAAGGUUAUUCUAUUCCAAAGAAUACAACGGUCAUUUUAAAUCUAUGGGCGAUACAUCACAACACAGAUGACUGGCAGAAACACGAUGUGUUCGAUCCAUCAAGAUUUCUAGGUGAAGAUGGUAAGAUAUCUUCCUUCAAAACUCGAAAUCUUCUUCCAUUUGGAGCAGGACGAAGAGUUUGCAUCGGAGAAACCGACGCCAAGACGGUGUUGUUCUUAUUUGCAUCUCGAUUUUUGCACAAAUUCAAACUUGAACAUACCGAGGCAUUGCCUGAAAUGGUUGGGCACUUAGGGGUUGUUAACUUUCCCAAGCCAUACAAGCUACGCGCAAUAGCUAGAUUAUAACAGUUUCAGAGAAUCUUCCAGCAGCGUCCGAGCAAAAAGUUCUUGAAAUUUUUUCUUAUAUGAAAUACUUGAUGAUACUGCAACGUAUCGCUUGUUUCGAGCAUAGUAUAAUGUCUGCUGAGGCASUAUCGUUCUCUUGCUUGAUAUAUCGACUAAAAAAUUGUUGGCUUGCAAUUCAAACGAUUUUAUUACAUUAACGAAUACCUUCCAACUUUGGGGGGCACUUCCUAAUAAUAAAAAAAGGCGGGGGUCCUCCUCGUCCCUUUUAGGAUUUGAAAUCAGUGUUUUGGUUCCGCUUAGGGUAAUAAUGACGAGAGUUCCCACCAACUGAGUUUUUUGGUCCUUUUAGGCUAUACGACGACCCUAAGCCGUCAUCAUAUAUUUUUACAACGUCGUCAUAAUCUCAAGCCAACGGCGUUUGAUGCUUGUACAUGUGUGCAAAAACAUAUAAAAAAACAAAAUAACCGUUUAUUGAAAUUUCAGCACUGCCACGCACAUCAUCUCACAA